AAGUGCAAAAGGGGGGGUCAAUUGGCUAGAUUCAAAAGUUCGUUAUUAGGGCAUACAUAAACAAGCUCCCACUAAAACAGAGUAAAUCAUCAAUCAAAUCGAACAAAAACAAAGAUGCAAGAACAAGGAAUUUUAGGCAGAAAACAAUCAGCAACUCGAAAUAAAGCCCGAAAAUGGUUAAAAAGAAGAGAAAUAUGGUUAGUUGCUCUUGGUAUAUCACUUCAUGCUGUAUACAUGCUCAGCAUUUUCGACAUUUACUUCAAAUCCCCAAUUGUUCACGGCAUGGAACCCGUUUCCCCUCGCUUUAAUCCACCUGCAAAGCGUCUCGUACUCCUUGUAGCUGACGGGUUGCGUGCGGAUAAAUUUUUUGAGCCGGAUUCUGAUGGGAAUUAUAGAGCACCGUUUUUGAGAAGUGUGAUUAAAGGACAUGGGCGUUGGGGCGUGUCUCAUGCUCGUCCACCUACUGAAUCUAGGCCUGGACAUGUUGCGAUUAUUGCGGGGUUCUAUGAGGAUCCUAGUGCCGUCACAAAAGGAUGGAAGGCGAAUCCUGUGGAAUUUGAUUCCGUUUUUAACAAGAGUCGGCAUACAUUUUCUUAUGGUAGCCCGGAUAUUGUUCCAAUAUUUUGUGGAGCUUUGCCUCAUAGUACAUGGAAUACAUAUCCUCACGAGUAUGAAGAUUUUGCUACUGAUGCAUCGUUCUUGGAUGAGUGGUCAUUUGAUCAGUUUGAGAGCAUUUUGAAUAGGUCCAAAGAUGACCCUAAACUUAAAAAACUUAUCCAACAAGAUCAGAUUGUUAUAUUUUUGCACCUUCUUGGUUGUGAUUCAAAUGGUCAUGCACAUCGUCCGUAUUCUUCUAUAUAUCUCAACAAUGUUAAGGUUGUUGACCGAAUCGCUGAAGGCGUUUAUAAUCUUCUUGAGAAUUACUUUAAGGACAAUCAAACUGCGUAUAUAUUUACGGCAGAUCAUGGAAUGAGUGAUAAAGGAAGUCAUGGAGAUGGGCAUUGGUCAGUUACAGAUACUCCACUUGUUGCUUGGGGAGCAGGUGUUAAGUAUCCGAGGCCAGCAUCCCAUAACCAGGAAAAUCAUGAACGGUUUGUCGAUGAGCAUGAUAUGCAUGAUACACCUACACCUACCGAUUGGGGUCUUAGUAACAUUGAAAGAGUGGAUGUCAAUCAAGCUGAUAUUGCACCAUUGAUGUCGACUCUUAUUGGUUUGCCAUGUCCUGUUAACUCAGUCGGUAGCCUUCCCCUCGAUUACAUUGAUUUAGAUAAGGGCAAUGAAGUGGAAGCUGUGCUAGCUAAUACAAAACAAAUUCUCAACCAAUUUCUUCGUAAAUCACAACUGAAGCAUGCAAGCUCAUUUAGAUUUAAGCCAUUCGAACCUCUAGCACAUUAUACUUCGAUAUUGGAUGACAUUGAAUCUCACAUAUCUACCAAAGAUUAUGAACAUGCAAUGAAACUAUCUAAGACUCUUAGAAGCUUGGCGCUAGAUGGACUCCACUACUUUCAAACAUAUGAUUGGUUCAUGCUUAUGAGUGUUAUAAUUCUUGGCUACAUUGGGUGGAUGCUCUGUCUUAUCCUUCACGUGGUGCAAUCCUAUACAUCUUUGCCAGGAAAAAUUUUUAGAAAGGAGGAAGCAGUUUUCACUAAGGAACGUCCAUCAAAGGUGUACCUAUGUGGAAGUCUCAUAAUGGCAUCAAUCUUUAUCGUUCUGUAUCUGGAGCAUUCACCUCCCCUUUAUCAUGCUUAUUUUGCAAUGACAGUAUUUCUCUGGACCAAUAUAGUUAGUGAAUAUAGCUUUAUGAGAGCCUUAUGGAGAUACUUUAUACAAACAAAAAAAUCUUACCACGCCCUUGAACUCUCCGCAACCUGUCUUGUGUCCAUCAUCGUUCUUGAGUUCUUAGUGAGAAGCUUCACUGAAAGAAGUAUCUACACGUGGUGUUUUUUAGUUGUGGGGGUCAUUUCACCACUAUAUCUUAUCAAGUCAGGCCCAUGGAAAUCUCGAAUACCAAUAUUUUUGUGGUCAGCAUGUUGGUUUUUGUCUGUUUUUACCUUGAUGCCUGCUGAAAUCCCUGACAACACAGUAUUAGUAAGCAUUAGUGGACUUGUAAUCGUUGUAAUAGGAGGAGUCAGCAAGUAUUUAGAUAUGCAUACCAAAGAUAACAAGUAUUGGCUUUAUCUCAUCAACCAUGACUCGAAGCCCAAAUUCUCUAUGCUCUUCUAUCUACAGGCCCUAUUGGUUGGUUUAUCAUCAGUCCUGGUGUACCUUUCCACAUCUCAUAGAACAGAGAAGCGUGAACUGCUUGCAUUACAUCAAAUGAUGAAUUGGUCAAUUGCAGGUUUAUCUAUGGUUCUCCCACUAUUUUCAGCAACUGACCUACUUUCACGACUUACUUCCAUAUUUCUCGGCUUUGCACCCCCUUUUCUACUAUUGUCUAUCGGAUAUGAAGCUGUCUUCUACGGGGCUCUUGGCCUUGCUCUUUUUGGAUGGAUACUGUUUGAAAAUGCACUUCUGUAUGCCAAUAAGCCUAAUAAGUCUUAUAGCUCCUUUGAAUCUGACAAUGGUAACAUCCUUCUUGAGGAAGGCGAUCGAUGCCUACAGUUGUCUGAUAUGAGAAUUCCAGUAGUUUUUUUGGUGUUCUUCAAUAUCGCAUUCUUCGGAACCGGUAAUUUUGCAAGUAUUGCAAGUUUUGAGAUUUCAUCGGUUUAUCGCUUUAUCACAAUAUUCAGUCCAUUUCUUAUGGCGGCCCUGCUCGUUUUCAAAUUGUUCAUCCCGUUCCUACUUGUUAUAUGUGCCUUUAGUGCAAUAACCAGAUUAGUCAGAGUCCCAAGAUCAGGAUGCUACUAUCUUGUAAUAUUAUGUUCGGAUGUCAUGACCAUUCACUUCUUCUUCCUCGUAAAAAAUACCGGAAGCUGGAUGGAAAUUGGCAACAGCAUUAGUCAUUUUGGAAUUGUGAGUGCCCAGGUGGUAUUCGUUUUGUUGCUUUUUGCCCUUACAAACAUAUACACUAAAGACAUCCAAACUCGAUCAUCAAAGCAGGUUUCUCAAAAAACAAUGUAGAUUUUUGUUUUUUCUUGUUCUCAUGGCUCUGGCUGUAUUGCUGAGAAUGUAGCAUGUUUUAGACUUCUGUUUGUCCCUUAAUAGUAUAGAUUACCUUA